AUGGAAGAAGGCGCUGAGCAACGUGAGGAUGCGGUGCUUCUUUUAUCUGAAGAGGAAGCGCUGGCCAAGGCGCGAGAGAAUCCAGAUGAAGCGUUGAAUAUCUAUGUCACCUACGCCGAGCAUGAUAGGGAUAAUCCGCGCAACUGGCCGAAAUGGCGCAAGUGGUGGAUUACUUGUCUGGUUAGCUCGCUGAAUAUUGUCACAACAUGGUGCGCAGGUGGAAUCUCCUCCGGCGCGACAGGGAUUCAGAAAGAAUUUGGCGUGUCGGCAGAAGUCACCACCCUGUGUCUAUCGAUGUACGUCCUAGGAUACGCCGUGGGUCCUGUGCUCCUAGCACCAUUGUCAGAAUACUUCGGCCGCCAGCCCGUCUACGCGGUGUCGUGGUUCCUGCUGUUUAUCUUCCAGCUUCCCCUCGCGCUGGCACCGAAUAUCGGCACGAUUAUCGUCUGUCGCUUCAUCGCGGGUCUUGUGGGUGGUGCACCGCUUACGAACACCGGUGGCUCAAUUAGUGAUCUCUGGGUGCGCAAUGAAUCCGGCGGUCCGAUGGCCGUUUAUGGUCUGAGCAGUACAUUCGGUCCACCCAUGGCAUUGGUAGUCACGGGAUACAUCGCAUUGGACCUCGGAUGGAGAUAUAUCUUCUGGGUACUAAUGGCCGUCACCGGCGGUUUCUGGGUGAUUCUCGUGCUCACAGUUCCUGAAACACGACACACGACCAUCCUCGACCGCAAAGCAAAACGCGUAGCUAAAACGAUGAAGAAGGAAAACCUCCAGUCCGCACAAACAACCCUCUCCGCACACGCCGCGAACAAAAAGGGUCUUCACGAGCUGUUUGCAAUUACGCUCACCCGCCCCGUGCGCUUCCUCAUCACCGAGCCUAUAACAUUCUUCUGCGCUAUCUACAACGGGUUCCUCUACGGUCUUGUGUAUUUGUUCAAUGAAGCCUUCCCGCUUGUCUUCGGUGAGGGACACGGGUUUAACGUCGGCGCGCAGGGUCUCAGUUUCCUGGGUCUGGCUAUAGGACCCCUAAUCGCGUUCUGUUUAUACCCCCUCCAAGAACGGUACUAUCUCCGCCGUGUUCGCGAAAACGAUGGCAAAGGCGUCCCCGAAGCACGAAUGUGGAUGGCCCGUCUGGGCGCCCUCUUCAUCCCGAUCAGUCUCUUCUGGUUUGGCUGGACAAGUUACAGUUCCGUGCACUGGAUCGUCCCCAUAAUCGCAUCCUCGUUUUUCGGCGCGGGAAUCUACAUCGUUAUUCUAAGUAUCUUGAACUACGUUGUCGAUGCUUAUCAGACAUAUUCUGCAUCUGCCCUCGCAGGCGUGAUCCUGGCGAGAAAUCUGGUCGGCGGUGGAUUCCCGCUGUUUGCGACGCAGAUGUAUAAUAAACUGGGUUAUGAGUGGGCGAGUAGUUUGUUGGGCUUUAUUGCGAUUUUGCUGGUGCCGAUUCCAUUUAUUUUCUUUUAUAUGGGGCGGGCGAUUCGGUUGAGAAGUCCCUGGGCGAGACAGCAUUUCGACCAGACGGAUGAUAAUCCACACUAG